UGAAAGUCAUAUUAAUGUUAUGGUGGUUUAUUUAGGCUUAUAAGAUUAAAAUGGUGCAUACAUAUUUCCUAAAAAAUUGCUAAAAUCGUCCAUAACUGCGUUUGGUGUAACUAUAGAGAGUUGUGAGUGAGUGCCAAGUUAAUAAUGAGGACUAUAAUCAACAAUUAUUUAUACCAAUACCUCGCAGCUUUCACAGGAUGUUUGAGCAUGAUGUCAACUGGGAUGCACUACGGAUGGGCAUCACCCGCCUUACCCGUCCUUCAAGCACCAGAUUCACCAGUGCCCAUCACCAGUGAGCAAGGUUCUGUCAUAAUCACCAUGCAGGAGUACGGUAACAUAGUGGGGUGUUUCGUGGGCGCCUUCACCGUCGACAGGAUCGGCAGGAAGUACUCCAUCCUCCUAACCUCACCCCUGUUCCUCAUCAGCUGGCUCAUGCUGGCCCAAUUCGUCUCGAUUAACUUCAUGAUGUCAGCCAGGUUCCUGGCCGGUUUGGCUGGAGGUGUUGUGUGCACCAUCGCCCCCAUGUACACCGGGGAGAUCUCCCGACCCAGCAUAAGGGGUCUGCUAAGUUCCCUGAUUCAAGUGAUGUACAUAUUUGGGCAGCUGACCUUCAACGUCUUCGGCAAUUUGCUCAGCAUUGACAUUGCUGCGUAUGUUUGCGGUGUGAUUCCCGUUUUGCAAAUUGUGACCUUCCUUUUCAUGCCUGAGAGUCCCUACUAUCUCCUGAUGAAAAACAGGGACUCAGACGCAGAGAAGAGCUUGCGCAAGCUCAAUAAUGGCGUGGACAUUGAUGGUACUUUAAAGGAAAUGGUCAACUCAAUCAACGAACAAAGGGCCUCAAAGGUGGGCCUCUUUGAGUUGGUGACGGACUCAGCAAACAGGAAGGCGGCGUACAUAACUUUCGGGAUGAGGUUCUUCCAACAGGCCACCGGAAUAACUGCCAUGAAUUAUUACGUUAAAACAAUUUUGAUUGAUGUUGACACCGGAUUAUCACCUUCCACAAUCUCCAUUGUUUAUUUUAUGUUGCAGUUGAUUGUGUGCUCAUUAAAUUCGACUCUAAUCGACAGAACUGGACGUAAGCCAUUGAUGAUAUUUUCAUUAAUUGGAACUGGAAUUGCCAAUGCAGUUUUAUGCAUUUAUUUCUAUUUUAAUACUUACGUAGAUUUUAGUGAAACUUACUACAAAUUUAUACCGGUAUUUGGUAUUUUAAUGUACAUAAUAAUUUAUAAUAUUGGUUUAGCGUCCACUCCAGUAGUUUUAUUGGGGGAAUUCUUUAACACCAGAGUUAAGGCAGUAGCUUUGGCUGCAGCAGACAUAUUUUUCUCCAUUCUUAUUAUAAUUGUGUCUUUCUUUUUCCAAUAUACCAAAGAUUAUAUAGGUUUAUACGUUCCUUUUGGAUCAUUUGCAAUUCUAGGAAUAAUUGGACUGUUGUUCGUAUGUUACUAUGUUCCAGAAACUAAAGGGAUGAGCUUAGAGCAAAUACAAUUGUAUCUAAAGGGAAGUAGUCAAUCACCCUGAUUUGAUUUAUUUAUCUUAACAUUAUCUGACAAAAAUUCUUUGAAAAUGAGACUUACUACUAAAUUCUUUUGUAAAGAAUACUCCAAUAUUUUUGGGAUUUACUGUUUAUAUAUGAAAUACUUUUAAUUAAAAAUUUUAUACUCUUAGCAAAGUUUAAUACACCAGAUUUCUGGUUUGCAUACUUUUAAGCAACUUAAUUAAAGUACUUCUAAAAUUAAUCAAUUUAUUAAUUAAAAUUGGUAAAUUAUAUAAAUUUUAUAUUUUCAUUCAAGAAAAUAAUUAUGUAAAGUAAAAUGUAAACUAAUAUAU